AGAUGUGUUCUGCACAUGACGCGAAAUGUCAUGAAGGCAAGUUUGAAAAGAACAUAAGCCAAUGUCUUCUACCAGCAGAGCUGAAUAAUGAAAGUUCCAGUUUCUGCUUUAUCUAGCUGCAUUGUGUGUACAUGUCCGGGACCGGUAGAAGCUGCGAGCUGUCCGGCAGGCAGGCGACGGCAACGGUGAGCGGCCUCUGAAGUAAAAAGAAACGGUACACGCUGAAAGUGAAAGGAGGGCUGAGAAGGAGUGUGAGAAAGCACCGAGCAGACAGUCUCAGUAGAGACACGCACAACACAGCAUAGGAAGAGAGGCCCGGGUCUGGCUUCAAGGCAGCAGCAGCAGCUCAACAGACACAGCCAUGGCUAACAUCGCUGUCCAAAGGAUCAAGCGGGAGUUCAAAGAAGUUCUCAAAAGCGAAGAGACAAGUAAAAACCAAAUAAAAGUAGAUUUGGUGGAUGAGAACUUCACAGAGCUGAGGGGAGAGAUAGCAGGUCCUCCAGAUACACCAUAUGAAGGUGGCAGGUAUCAGCUUGAAAUAAAAAUUCCAGAAACCUAUCCUUUUAACCCACCAAAGGUACGUUUCAUCACUAAGAUCUGGCACCCUAACAUCAGUUCUGUGACAGGAGCAAUAUGUCUCGACAUUUUAAAAGACCAGUGGGCAGCUGCUAUGACCCUGCGGACGGUGCUGUUGUCUCUGCAGGCCCUCCUUGCUGCUGCAGAACCAGAUGAUCCACAGGAUGCAGUAGUAGCAAACCAGUAUAAGCAGAACCCAGAAAUGUUCAAACAGACUGCAAGGCUGUGGUCACACGUCUACGCAGGCGCUCCUGUCUCUAGCCCUGACUACACACGUAAAAUAGACAAACUCUGUGCCAUGGGCUUUGAUAAGAAUGCAGUAAUAGCAGCAUUGUCUUCAAAAUCAUGGGAUGUGGAAACAGCAACAGAGCUGCUUCUCAGCAACUGAAACCCAGCCAGGUGUGAGGAUCCCAACCCCCCACUUCAUCAUAGCAUCAGCUCCCACCCACCGGCACCAUUCCACCUUUGCCUUUUUUUUUACACAGACAGCACCUCAUCCACCACAGCAGUCUGAGCCUUCUUUUGUAACACCUCUGUAUGCUACAAACUCAAAACCGGUAGCACCACAGUUGCUAAUAUGCACACCAUCCUGUUACCUCUGAUCCCAUCUCUCCAUUAUGUUGAUUGUAAGCCCAGAAAAUUCUUAGUCAUACAUCUUGCCUCCCAUGCCCUUCAGUCACAUUGGCUGUAUGUUUUCUACAAGAUUGAGUUCCUUAAUAUUGCGAAGAAUCAAAUAACGGAUGGAUUUUCCAUGGUAAAAUGUAAAGGAGGUCCUGCAUACUACUCCCACAAUACAUCGCCAUUUACUCCUUCAGCAGCCAGUCGGACCUUGUGUCAGAUUGUUCUCUUUUAUGGACUCUUAAUAUUGUAAUGGUCCAGCUGGAUGAAAUUUACUUGACUGGAUAGUGAUCUGCAUGAGCAGUGCAACAGAUUUUUUUCCUGAGCAGUUUGACAUAGAUGCUUCAAUCAUCUACAGAGGUUUGGAUGUACAGGUUUUCUUUCUGAAUGUACUGUAGGAAAAUCACAGAUAUUCUUCGACAUCUGCACACAUGCACAGCAGAAAGACGUUAUCUGUAAAUAGAUGGGUGUACAUUUGAAAAUACAGUGGGGAUAUCUUUUUUCUUUCAUGGCAUUGUAAAAAGUUAUUUUAAAUAUAAACUGUCUAGUUUACAACUCUAUGGAAGAGAAAUCUUUUUAUGCUUUUGUGACCCACAAGAAAUCCCCCUGAAUGUCCUGUUGCUUAAGGGUGGUACAGCCCAUUAUCUCGGGUCUAAUGGCACAGCAGGUGGCAGCUCAGGCCCCUGAAGGUCAUUACAUGACGCACCACAAUCCAACCUUGUGUCUUUUAUCAUCUGUGCAUCUUUAACAUCCCUUCAGCGUUGUGGAACAAGACUUUAAUGUGUGGAAGGAGAUGCCUGGAUCCUCUGCUCAGCAAGCCACUCAAGCACCCAGUUUGGCUUGAAAUAUGUAGGGAACCAAAGCCUUUUCUGUUCAUCUCAUGAGGAUGUUGCUGGAAAAUGUUUACUUUUGCUCUGAACAGAUUCAUCUGGCAUACACCUCGAGAAGAAACGGGCAUUUUUCUGAAUGUGAUUAAGAAUUUGAGUUGAAGUGCUGUUUUUUUUGUUUUUGUUUUUAAAGGUCCUGUGUUUCAUCCACAGUCAUGUUAUGUUCAGCCACGGAUUACGGGUCGCCCUCUCAGUCUUGAGGGGGAGAUUUAUCGCUAAUCACUGACCCAGCCCAGCAGUACCCAGUCAGCGCUCUGGCCAUAUAUACACAUUUAUAUGUCCAAGCAUGCUUUACACAGCCAAAUACAAUGCUCAUUGAGGUCUUCAAAUGAUGUCUUAUGUAAUGAAAGAGGCUGGAACUCCUCUCUUACUUUAUGAAGCAGAUAACAGGCCUGCAGUGUUUUCACAAAUUUCAGUUUGAGGUACAUGAACUGUAAACAAGUGCUUAGCAUAUAUAUAUAAGUGGGAUGUUGAUACAUCCUCACACAUGACCUUUGUUUUUGUUUUUUUAAACUAUCUUUUGCUUGCCCUCCAGCUCAGUCCCUACCAACAGCGGCAUGUUACAGUACUACACCAAGUUGUUGUGCAAUCUCCUCUGACAACAGUGAAUGGUUUCCAACUAGAGCCAAAUAACUUGUAUUUGUAAAUAACCUUGUUCUUGUUAAGAGCAGUCUUGUUAUCACUAGAGUUCACCAUUGAUGGCUGGAUCUGUGUACUAUAAGAAAAGGACAAAGCCCCCUUUCUCCCCAUCUCUCCUGGUGUUCUCACUAUGUACAAUAUUGCACGACAACAGAGCAUAAAAAGGGGCUGUUUGAAUCUGAGUUUCUCCAUUUGAAUGGACUUGUUUUCCUCUUCCGUUUCCUUGGAAGCAUCAGCGGUAUAAAAAGCAUGGUUAUUUAUUGUGACAGUGUCAUGUUUCUUUGAUUAAAAAAAAAAAAAA